AUGGCACGUGAAUAUGGUAAUCAGAGUUGGAAUUUACAAGACUUGAGAUUAUCUUUAUCCAAAGAAAUUUCUUUUCUGGAAGCGGGUGAAACAAUGGAAGUGUCGAAAGCACACAACCCUACAGCAUUAUUCUUUGCUGGAACCAGACCAAAGCCGAAACAACCCAGCCACAUACAUAGAAACGAUCAUUACAAGAAAAAUGACAAAAAAGUGUGCCCCUUCUGUAAAGAUGAACAUUCUCCAAACGAAUGCACAAAGGUCACAUCAUACGAGUCACGCAUUGCUAUAGUGAAAAAGGAACAUCUGUGUUUUAACUGUUUACGGAAACAUCAAGUAUCGUCGUGCCGUUCCACAAAUAGAUGUCGUCACUGUCAGCGCAAACAUCAUUCUAACGCUGCAAGUUUCACAGUACCAGCUACCUCCGACGUCGUAUCCCAACCCGAUACAGCAACUCUACACUCAACAAUUGAUUCCAGACCGGAUAUACUACUCAAGACAGCUGUUGCCCAGGUAUGUACUUCCAGUGUUUCUAUAGAGACAAACAUUCUUUUUGAUGAGGGAGCUCAGCGUUCCUUUAUUACUGAAGUGUUGGCAGAAAAGUUACAUCUUCCCCACACCGGAAGUGAGGUAGUACAUUUAGCGUCUUUCGGUGAUACCAGCCAGCGAGUUCGAAACAUGACCAAGGGAACUAUUUCUCUUAUUACAGACGAUAAAGAAAAAAUAGACAUAGAAGUGUUGAUUGUUCCAAAAAUAGCCGUUCCGUUACGCAAUGUGAAUCAGAACAUUUCAUCUUUACCAUAUUUACGCGGUUUGAAACUUGCUCAUCCAGUUACAAAUGACACUGAUACGAUGUGA